AUGUUUAGCUGCUUAUUAACCCAUAAGCUACUUGCGCGUGCUAACUUAGCAUUGCUUUUAGCGCAAAAGGGUUGCGGCGGGUCUUCAUUGUCACCACCCCCGCAUGCUUCAUCGGGGUUGCUAGCGUUUUUGAAGAGGAAAUACAAGGAGCUUGAGGUCCAUCGCGAUCGCACACUGGAUAGGCUGGAGGCCAUGAACAAGACGGAGCGACAACACAUUUUUUCCGAUUCGCACGAGACUGAGGGCUUAAACGAAGAGGGUAACUCGCAGAGGCGAGACAACGGGGGGUUCAUGUCUUUUUUAAAAGGUGCCCAGCGUACCAGCGAGAGUCCUUUGCCAUGUCCCCGCAGCGUGCUUCUUGUCUCGUGCUCUAGCUCAAGGGCUCUGAAAAAGAUCCGUGACUCCACGGCAGACUGUUUUAUAUUGGAUCUGGAGGACAGUGUGACACCUUCCAUGAAACGUGAGAUACGGGAUCGCGUCCGCGACUUUGUUCAGGAAAUCGAAAGGGAGCGGUUAGAUGGUGUGUGUGCGGGAAAGCGACUUGUGGUUCGCAUUAGCUCCCCUGAAUUUGACACUGCCGCUGCGAUGCUAGAUCUGGAGUUGGCUGGACUUCUUGGAACGUCUAUUGAGGGGGUUGCGGUUCCCAAAGUUACUACUAAGACAUACGAUCUUAUCCAAAGUUACGUGCACCCUGAUCACAAGAUAUGGGCCUUUUUCGAGCACCCCAUCUCAGUACUGCAAGCCCCAGCGAUUUGUUUAAGUGGUAAGUAUUCAUUUGCUGUAAUAGGGUGUAACACUCUCUCAGCCGAGCUGCAUCUUCCAUCAAAGAUUGUGUCAGGCAGGAGCAGCGUUUCGGCCAUCCCAUUAGAUUCCUUCGAAGGGUGGCAAGCUUCCCCUCUUUUACACGCGACUCAUCAAGUCCUAUUUAGUGCGCGCGCAGCGAACAUGUUCGUCAUCGAUGGUGUCUACAACGACCCUACCGAUAAGAUGGGCUUCAAGCAGGACCUUUCGCGUUGCCAAGCUCUUGGAUUCGAUGGUAAGUGUGUGAUUCAUUCAGAUCAGAUUGCUCCCACGCACGAAUCUUUUACACCGAAUUGUGAUGAGGUGGAGUGGGCUAUCCACAUCAGGGAGGAGAUAGCGCGUGCUAGUGGUGGCAUUUCUGCCCUGGAUGGCACAGCGAUCGAGGGUCUGCACGCCCGCCGGGCCGACCGUGUGUUGCAGCUCUACCGGAUGGCUGCGAAGGAAAAACGUGAUAGUGAAGUGGCAGCUUCCACUGGUGCUGGGGUUUCUUCACAGCCUAAGGAAGAGUUAAAAUCGGCAACGAAUGGCUGCACUGAUGCUCCUGGCAAAAAGUCACGCCGCGGGAAGCCCACGGACGAUGGGCGUUUCUCUUAA